CCCGUAGAAGGCAGAAGUGGUCUGUGGAUCCUCAAAAUACUGCUUGGAGCAAAGAUGAAUCUAAAUUUGGCCAGAAGAUGCUGGAAAAGAUGGGCUGGUCCAAAGGAAAGGGUCUUGGAGCCCAGGAACAAGGAAAUCCAGAACAUAUCAGGGUUAAGGUGAAAAACAACAUGCUGGGAUUAGGAGCAACCAUCAACCAUGAGGACAACUGGAUUGCUCAUCAGGAUGACUUCAACCAGCUUCUGGCUGAACUGAAUAACUGCCAUGGACAGGGUGAAACAGAUUCAUCAGUGCAAAAUCAGAAAAAGGCAUUCAGUCUUGAAGAAAAAUCCAAGUCUUCCAAGAAACGUGUCCAUUACAUGAAGUUUGCAAAAGGUAAGGAUCUCUCGUCACGCAGUGAACAUGAUCUCUCCUGCAUAUUUGGGAAGCGACAGAAGAGUGUGAAGACACAGGCGGAUAUUACAGAUCCUGAGUCUCAGGAAGAGAAGGAGAGGAACCACUGGCUCUCUAACCCUGCAGAUGGUUCCAAUACAGUGAAGAGUGUUCUCACUGUGCAAGAAUAUUUUGCCCAGCGCAUGGCAAAGUUGAAGGGAUCCCAGAAGGAACCAGAAACAAAGACAGAUAAUUCCAACCCAACAGCUGAUGAAGCUUCAGAGCCUUCAGAAGAACUCAAAACCAAAGUCAAAAAGAAAAAGAAGAAGCAGAAGAGAGAUAAUGAGGCAGAGAGGACAGAGCAUUGUGAGGAACCAAAAGGGAAACAGUCUAAGACAGGUGGUUUGAAUGGAAAGGAACUGGAUGCUCCAUUAAAUGAAUGUCACAAAGGGAAAAAGAAGAGGAAACAUAAAGAGUGGCACAAAGGGGAAAGCAUCAGUUCUGAUGAAAAUAUGGGCACUGGAGAAAUUGAUGCAGGAGUAUCUGAUGGGGAAGAUCUCAGCAUAAAGGAACAUGAAGCAAAGCAGAAGAAACGCCAGAAGAAGAAACACAAAAGGCAAAAAGAGGAGUUGAAUGAGUGUGUGGAAGAAGUACCCAGAAAGAAAAAGAAGAACUGUAAGCACAUUUAA